UUGAUUCUAAAAUCACCCUCCAUCGAAACGGUGCACAAAUAUGAAGCGAUGCGUAUCCGACACUACCAUUCGGUGAUUUCUGCACCUUCUAAAUUGAGAACUUUCGAGGCGUGUACACUCAUCCCACGUGGCACGAUUAACCAAUCGCGAGCUAUUGUGAGCGCACGCGACGGGCUAGCGUGAAUCGGAUGCAUGGCGGGAACGACUUCAACGUCUGAGCUCUAGUGCGAGGCAUCGCGGGCUGAACAGCAUGGGUAGGAUGGCGUAUAAAGGCCGAGCCUUGUUACUCGCAGCCUUUGUGUGUAUCUUGAGUGUCUUCAUCUUGUACACGGACUUUGCUUACAAAAGAACGAGCAAUAUGAUGGGCCCUUUGACUUCCGCGAGCAUCAUGCUCUUUGCUCAAAGCGCAUUGGCUUCAAAGUCCGAUAUUCGCUUCAACCACAUCCAGGUUAUCGGAACACACAACUCCUACCAUCGUGAGGUCUCACUUGCCGAGCGACCUGUAUUCGAGAAGUAUGUUCCGUCCCCAGAAGAUUACUACUAUUCGCACGCGGAGCUCGACAAUCAACUGGAAUACCAAUCUGUGCGCUCUUUGGAACUCGACCUACACUCAGAUGAGAAGGGCGGUUUAUACUACCCUCCCGUAAUAUGGACACUUUCAAACUUGACCAAUGCAAGCACACCUUACAACGGGGAUGUGCUGAAGAAGCCGGGCAUCAAGGUUUUCCACGUCACAGAUUUUGACCCUGACUCUGUCUGCCACACCUUCGUUGACUGCCUCAAGCAGUUGAAGAGCUGGUCGGAUGCGAAUCCCAGACACGUACCCAUUACCAUCGAUUUAGAGCUAAAGACAGAUGCGCCAGCAUGUCAACUAGGCGGUGCCUGCCCUGGUGAAGCGACAAACUGGACGCUUCCACGCCUCUUGAACGUCGACGCGGAAAUUCUCUCUGUUUUCCCCAAGGAACAGCUCAUUCGCCCCGACGACGUGCGUAAGAAUGGCCUCACCCUCGAACAGUCUGUCUUGCAGCAUGGGUGGCCGAAGCUAAAAGACGUGCGCGGUCGGCUGAUGUUCUUCUUCGACAACGAUCCGAAGCCCACUGAUCCCAAUUCGCCUCGUGAGCUCUACCUUACUGGUGCACCAUCACUUCAGAACCGUACUGUCUUCACCAACGCACUCGAAGGCUCACCCGAUGCUGCAUUCAUCAAGCACAACGAACCGCGUGGGAGUGACACCGCUGAGAUCCAGCGUCUUGUGAAGAAGGGAUACCUGAUCCGAACUCGUGCUGACGUGCCUCUCGAUACCAUCCUGAACCGCACUACGGAGAUGCGGGAAAGUGCUUUCGAGAGCGGUGCGCAGAUCGUCAGUACCGAUUUCCCAGCGUGGGGUAUGAGCAGUCGAUGGGGUUGGGACUAUGUGGCCAGGCUUCCUGGAGGAUUAGCUGCAAGGUGUAACCCUGUGACUGCACCAGAAGGAUGCAAGGAUAAAGAUCUUGAGUAGAUGAAGCGAGUGAGGUGAUACAUGUUGAACUAGGACUUGCCACAUUCUCUUCUCGUUGGUUUCCUCCGCGUGCUGCUAGGCUGAAGAAGAGGGCGUUGGACUUUGUGAUGGUAUACCCGCCGUAGUCGUCAACCUCAGCUGUUUACUUCACAGUCAAGAACACCCAAAGUCUCGACAACACAUCUGUCCAUUAAUCUAUCCACCCCAUCCCGCCCAACGCGGCCUUAAUCCUAUAUACCUCCCACACUCAGAAAAACCAAAGGAUUUCAAACAUACACACCUGGUAUCAAACGCAAAAG